AUGUUGGCCGUGAUCGUGUGCGUAGGGCUGGCCAGCGUGGGCAGCGAGUACGCCCAACAUAUUCUCUCUCAAGGAAAACGAAGUUUCGACGUUUGGGACAUCGCUUGCAACGUCGGAGGGUCGCUUUCGGGCAUUGUAGCGGCCUUUAUGGUCGAUGAGUACCCUUGGCGGGGAUGA